CACACACACACACACACACACACACACACACACAUCAGGCUGAGGAGAAGCACUGAACACUUCAUCACUCGAGCAGGACGUCAGACACAAUCGCAGCUCAGAUGGAAAGCAUAGGAAUGAAAGAGAAAUAGAUGGUGGAGAAGUUGAGCACGUGCUGUUUGUGGGUACACUUUUGGACGUAGACAUGGUGCGGGGAAAGGAAGAGCUGGCUCUGGUUGUGGCACUCGGGCUGCUCGGGGUGUUUUUAGCAGCCAUGCAGCAAACCACAGCUUUUCCUGUCUGGGCUUUUGAGGAAGAAGCUCACAUGUCUGGCGUUUUGAUUAUUGGGAUCCGCAAAGACGCCCGGUCCCACAUGCUUCACCUUUCCAGGAACAAGCGCUACACCCUGACUCCGGAGAAACUCAAAUGGGACAAAUUCAAGCUAACCUACAAACUGCUGUCAUUCCCAAGGAACCUGAUGAACGCCAGCGACACACGCCGGGGCAUCGCCAAGGCCUUUGCUAUGUGGAGCGAUGUGUCACCUUUCAGCUUUAGAGAGGUUCCUGAUAAUGAGGAGGCCGACAUCAAAAUCGGCUUCUACCCAGUAAAUCAUACAGAUUGCCUGCAGUCCUACCUGCAUCACUGUUUUGAUGGGAUCACGGGUGAACUGGCUCACGCUUUCUUCCCUCCAACUGGAGAGAUUCACUUUGAUGAUGAUGAGUACUGGGUUUUAGGGAACAUGCGCUUCAGCUGGAAGAAAGGUGUCUGGCUGACUGACCUGGUGCACGUUGCAGCUCACGAGAUCGGUCAUGCGCUCGGUCUGAUGCACUCGCAGAACCCGAAGGCCAUAAUGCAUCUCAACGCGACGCUGACUGGCCGCAAACUCAUAACGCAGGACGACGUCUGGGGACUCCAGCGGCUGUACGGAUGUUUGGAUAGAUUAUUUAUCUGUCCCGCUUGGGCCAGGAAAGGCUACUGCGAAAGCAAAAGAAAGCUCAUGCAAAAGCACUGCCCUCACAGCUGUGACUUCUGUUACACCUUCCCUUUUCCUACCAUCGCCCCAACUCCAAAGCCACCUCGGACCAAACAAAAGCUGGUUGCUGAGGGAAGGAAACUUACCUUCCGAUGUGGAAAGAAAAUUGCUGCAAAACAAGGGAAAGUGGACUGGUAUAAAGACGGCGAGCUGCUGGAGUUCUCUCACCCUGGCUACAUCACCCUGAAGGAUGAUCACAUCAGUAUCGUAGCUAACGCAAUCAACGAGGGUACGUACACUUGCAUCGUGAGGAAGAAGAACAAGGUUUUGACGACCUAUUCGUGGAAGCUACGGGUGCGCUUCUGAGGAUGUCGAGCCACGGCACGAAAUGGUACUGACAGAAACCACGGAUGUUUGGUUUUGUCCCAUACGAGUGCUUCGUUCGCUCUGCUACCGUGGAGUCCUCAUUAAAAUAAAAUAAAAUAAAUUUAAGUCUGUGAUCAAGUGCUGUAAAAGAGAAGAAACGGGAUACAACCAACAGCUUAAAGUUCACCACAGCACCAUGGAAACCUCACUUAGUCAGGCACAUAUUCCUCCAGAUUCAUACAUAAAGCUAUCGAUAAUUAUGCUGUCAGGGUUUUUUUUUUUUUGGUUGUAAAUUUGUUUCCUUAGGUGCUAAAUAAAAAUUUAUUCUGGAA